GCGCGGCGCGCCGAGCAGGUGCGGGCGAGCCCCUUGCAUGCCGCUGCCGGGCGGGAGGUGGUAGCGGCGCCCGGCGCGCUCUGCCCGCCCUCCUCCGGGCCGCACUCGGACUCCCGCGCGCGGGGACAUGUCGGUGGCGACGGGCAGCAGCGAGGCGGCCGGUGGGGCCGGCGGCGGCGGCGGCGCGCGCGUUUUCUUCCAGAGCUCUCGGGGCGGCGGCGGCAGCCCGGGCUCGAGCAGCGGCUCCUCCCGGGAGGACUCGGCGCCCCUGGCCACGGCGGCGGCCGCUGGGCAGGUUCAACAGCAGCAGCAGCAGCAGCGGCGCCACCAGCAGGGAAAAGUGACAGUGAAAUACGAUCGCAAGGAGCUUCGCAAGCGGCUGGUGCUGGAGGAGUGGAUCGUGGAGCAGCUGGGACAGCUGUACGGCUGCGAGGAAGAAGAAAUGCCAGAUGUAGAAAUUGACAUUGACGAUCUUCUUGAUGCAGACAGUGAAGAAGAGAGAGCUUUAAAAUUACGGGAAGCUCUUGUAGACUGCUACAAACCAACAGAGGAAUUUAUCAAGGAGCUGCUCUCUCGGAUAAGAGGCAUGAGGAAACUGAGCCCCCCGCAGAAGAAGACUGUGUAAUUCUGGCGCAGGGUGGAACUCACCCGGAGAUCAAGAAAGGGUUCUGGGUUUGGACUUCACAAGGACUUUUAGUAAAGAAUAGUUGUCCUUAUGAGCAACUUUUUUUUUGGGGGAGGGAUCUAUUAGACAUUUAUUCUAGAGCGUUUGUUUGUUUGUUUUUUAAAGGUGUUGUUAGUAUACUAUUUUAAUAGCAAAGAGAUCAACGACUUUGGUUUCAGCCCAACCAGGGAUUAUCAAACCAGGCAGACAUCCAAGGAUGGGCUGGGCCAGACAGUAUUUUCUUCGGGAAAUCUGAUGUUUAGGACCUAACUAUACAGGGAUGAUGGUUUUUUGUUUUUACAACUAGUUUGGUAAUACUUUUUUUUUUUAAGUUGUACAUUUGACUCAAGACCGAAUUUCUCAUACCUGUAUAUACAUACACACAAGUAAGUUACAAUGUAGAUGUGAGUUUUAUUUCACAUUGUUGAAAUAAACUUGUGGUCAUCUCUUACCUGGAGGUCACAGCACAUGUGUUUCCAAGAGGCCACUAGAUACUCCUCAUGGGAGCACUGCUGACCUCCACAUCCACUUUAUGCACCAAAGUGAAAGAAUUCAGUGUAUCCGUUAUUCUAAUGAGCUACACUACAAAAAUGUUGAGUUAGUCAAGGGCUUAAUUUAUGGACUUUAUAUUAUUUCCUUAAUUGGGAUGCUUUGCCAGGUCAUUUACUUAUUGCCUCAUGUGUGGUAUUUUAAAGUUUUAUGAACCCUUAAUUUGAAGAACUUCACUCGAGAAAUGCCCACACUAGCUGAGCGGUGUUUUGCAAUGGAAAAUGGAAGCACUGUGUAGCAAUUAAUUCUCUGCUUUCAACCAAGUACUGUGUGUUAGUCUUUCUCCAUGAAAGCAGGUCAUAAGGAAGUUAGCAGAUUAUGUAUCUUCCUUCUUAGAAGUAGAUUCUGGUCACUCUGUGCUUGGGCAGCGUCAGACCAGAGGGGAUAAACUGACUGUUGAACAGGUGAGAAGUGAGAAAGCUUCACCUUCUCUCAAGAAAGUUGAUAGAGGAGCAUUUGCUGGUUUGGAAGCAUGGUGGAGAUUGCAUUUCCGGUUUCUCUCAGUGGCCUGUGGUGAGGACUCUGGCCCCUGGCCUUAAUUUUGCACCCCGAUCCCCUUGCUUGGAGCUAGGCCUGGGGCUCCUGCCCAGCCCCUCUCAGUUACAUACCAGCUCCUUGGGGGAGGCUCAAAAUUCAGAUGGACGUGGGUGGGGUAAAAGGUCAGAGUAGAAACUCUUUCUUCCCUCCAGGAGGCCCCCCAUUGCCUCCCCACAGAAACCACACUUCUCGUAAGGUGUCUCUAGGAGGACCUGUCAGAGGACAGGGCUCAGGCAUUUUCUAUCAAGGGUGCUCUGAACAUAUUUUAUUUUUUAAAGAACUAUGUUUGUGAAAUUUAUGUAUACUGGCAAGCUUUUGAAAAAUGUAUUUAAUUUUGUAAUGUUUACCAAUGAUUUAUUUACAAGCUAUUUACUCAAAUAAA